AUGUCGUGCAAAUUCCUAAAUAAUGAGCUCAUAUGUCUCCAAUUGAAUGUACGCACCUUAAAAAGAUCCAGGUUUACUCCAUUUGAUACGCAUAGAUUGAUUUACACUGAACUGAAGAAGCUCUGUAAUGUCUUAUAUUGCUCUUCAAACAAUAUGCAAAGCAUAGCCUUUUCAUUUAAUAGAUAUAAUCCAAACUUACAAUUGAUACUGAGUUCUAAAAACAUAACGACCUUAUCACAUAUAGUCUAUAAUAUUAGGGGAAUAUGUAUGGCCCGUGGCAGUCAAAAGGACGAUAAGCUUACGAUGGGAUCAUUGUACCAGCAACUUAGGGAAAGCUGGAAUAAUAAAAGGCCAGAUUCCGACAUAAUGAUUGGACCAUGGAUAUUUUCAAAAUCCCCUUCAGAUUUCCUGUUAACUACAAAUAAUGAAAAGAUUUCUAUAAAUUUGAAUGAUUCACCAUUGAGACACAGUCAAGACAACACAUACAAAUCACACUCCCUCUCAGAACCAGUCAUUGGAAAUGAGGCAAUUGUGAGGUUGGAGUGGGAACAUUUCAACAACUUUGACUCUUUACCUGAUUCAAUGCGCCGCUGGUUGUAUGGCUUUGAUAGAAGGAAUGAUUUCAAUGAAAUGACGAAAAUGAAUUCACGAGAUUCCCAAAGAUUAGAUAUCUUGCUCAAUGGAUUUAAAAAAUUUUGA